UGAAGGAGGCCCUCAGACUGGCACCAUGACGGAGUGCUUUGACUGCGACAACUGCAAGGAGUCCUUGUACGGGCGCAAGUACAUCCAGAUGGACAACGGCCCGUACUGCAUCCCCUGCUACGAUGCCCACUUUGCCAACACCUGCGAUGAGUGCAAAGAGCUGAUCGGCCACGACUGCAGAGAGCUGUACUAUGAGGAUCGCCAUUACCACGAGCACUGCUUUCGUUGCUUCCGCUGUGACCGCUCUCUGGCCGACGAGCCGUUCACCUGCCAAGGAGAGGAGCUGCUGUGCAAUGACUGCUACUGCAACGAGUUCUCCUCCAAAUGCGUUGCCUGCGAGAAGACAGUCAUGCCAGGAUCCCGUAAGCUGGAGUAUAACGGACAAACCUGGCAUGAGCAUUGCUUCAUAUGCAGCAGCUGCCAGCAGCCCAUCGGGUCACGAUCCUUCAUCCCAGACAAGAAGGAUUAUUACUGUGUCCCCUGUUAUGAGAACAAGUUUGCUCCUCGCUGCACUCGUUGCAAAAAGACCCUGACCAAGGGAGGAGUGACUUACCGGGAUGAGCCAUGGCACAAGGAGUGUUUCGUCUGCACGGGCUGCAAGACCCCCCUGGCCGGCCAGCAGUUCACCUCCCAGGAUGACAACCCGUACUGCAUCAAGUGCUUUGGGAACCUCUAUGCCAAGAAGUGCAGCGCCUGCACAAAGCCCAUCACAGGCUUUGGCGGUGGUAAAUACGUCUCCUUUGAGGACCGUCACUGGCACCAUAACUGCUUCAACUGUGCCCGCUGCAACACCUCGCUGGUUGGGAAAGGCUUCAUCCCUGACAACGAUGAGAUCCUGUGCCGCGACUGCAGCAGCGACCUAUGAGCCUGUGAGGACACCGUGGGGCAGGGGCUUCUCUGUUCUUCAGGGUCUUUGUGCCAGAUGCCCCAACGGCAUUUCAGGGGCAGGGCACAAGGCACAGGAGAUGAGGGCCGACCCCGAACCGCGGUGUGUUCAGGAGGUUCCUGUGCUCCUCCUUGAAGGCUAGAGUACGCUACGCUACGGCUCUGUGCAGAGUCAAAGCUAAAUAAAGUUGAAAAAGGAGCUUCAAGACCCCCCAUUACUUACUCUUUCUUUUGCUUCCUGUCUGAGCAGGCACGAGCUGAGCCCAGGGCCCCAGCUGAGCACAGAGCAGCACCUUCAGCGUUGGGCUGCUGGAUCUGCACGCUGGCAGCAUGUGUUCGUUCCCCCUGGCACAGUGCUGACUUUCCUCUUUUCCCAUGUGCUUCCCUUGCUCUGUGUGAUCCAAGACAGCAGCUCC